CGGCCACGGUCCCGGACGUCGCGCGGGAAAGCGAGCCGACUGUAAACAACACUUGUCCCAAGGCUCCCGCGUUAUUGGUGUUUGAUAACAAAAGCAUCAGACAUGCUUGCGGACAAAGCUCUAGAGCUCAUCCGGGAACUGGACAGGACGAAGGAUGGACAGAUGCCGGCGUUUAACGCUCACCAUGGCCAAUGAUGAGGCCUUUGUACAGAAGUUAGGGGCAUUAAGGAUUGCCCCUUCAUCAGCUAGCCUAUGAGGAUACUAUACGUAUAGUGUUGGAAGAGAUGAACACACUAUUUGAACAGAAUCAGCAAGAUGUUAACGCUACAGUGGCUGGUGAUGUUCGUUACUUUUCUGGAGUGCACUUGAGGCAUGCUGCCUUAGAGAGGAAUAGACGUUGUCUUCUGGCAUAUUUGUACAACAGAUUAGAGAGAGUGCGGGACAUGCGAUGGGAGUUUGGUAGUAUCCUGCCUGCAGAUAUCAGAGCUAAUAUGUGUGAACCUGAGAUUAUAUGGUUCAAUAAAUAUAAUAAGAACUUGGCUUCAUAUAUGAGAUCGCUAGGAGAAGGAACUGGUCUUGAUCUUACUCAAGAUAUAAAGCCACCAAAGAAUCUGUAUAUUGAGGUUCGAUGUCUUCAAGACUAUGGAGAAUUUGAGAUAGAAGAAGGAGAUACUGUGGUACUCCAAAAGAAUACCACUCACUAUCUUCCAAUGGCUCAGUGUCAGCACCUGAUCAGACAAGGCAUUUUAGAACAUAUUGAAUGAUACAUUGAAACAAGAGCUUUGUUUCUUUAGUGUAAUCUGAUGUAUGUGAAUUAGAUUAUGGAAAUAUAAAAGAUCCUUAAUACAGAUAAGAUAUAUUUUGUGUAGUGUUCUAGCAAAAAUAAACAAAUCAAGAAAAGAAA